ACAUUUGAUUUCAUCAACUUAGGGAAAGCAAAACCUUUAAGAAUUUGUGGUUGAUGUUGACACAUCCGGCACAGAGUCAGCACUGAGGUGUGACGCAGCCCCUCACAAGCUGCCAUUCGGUUCGCAACAGUCUAGCAACAUGGAGGUAAUAGCACUUUGCACUAUUGUGGCUGCUCUGAACAUCAUUCCCGACAGAUCCCAGUUCUUUCAGUAUGAGACCGUCAGUCUGAGCUGUGUGGAGCCUGGUACCAACUCCUCUGAUUGGAGAGUAAAGAGGAACACAUCCUCAGCGAAAAACGAAGAGUGUGCCAACCCUUGGGGGAAAAAGAACGAGUCCCACUGCAACUUUCAUGAUAUUUACCAUUCAGACAGUGGAGCGUACUGGUGUGAGUUUGGAGCUGGAGAGUGCAGCGAUGCCGUCAACAUCACUGUGACCGCUGGCACCGUGAUCCUGGAGAGCCCUGUCCAUCCCGUGCAGGAGGGAGAUGCCGUGACUCUGCGCUGCACAAAUCAGACGACGUCCUCCACCAACCUCACAGCUGAAUUUUACAAAGACGACCUCCUCGUCAGAAGCAGCUCCACAGGAGACAUGACCAUCCACAGUGUUAGAAAGUCUGAUGAAGGCUUCUACCAGUGUGACAUCACUGGAGGAGAGAGAUCAGCAAAGAGCUGGCUGGCUGUCAGAGCUGGGCGUCCUGAAUCUUUUCAACCACCUCUCGCACUCAUUCUGCUUCCUGUGCUGGGGGGCAUCUGCCUCUCGCUGGCCUCUGUGGCGCUGCUGUACCUGUGGAGGAAACGAAAAGGUAAAGCUGAGAGUGACGUGGCAUACACUGACGUCACCAUCACACAGGAAGUGCCAUUCACAAGGCAAACAGAAAUCAACUUUCAAUCAACUGUCUACUCAAAACUCAAAGCAGUGGCCACCUGAGAGGAACCGGCAGAACCAGAAAUAUGGUUUUAAUUAAGUACUUUUUAUUAUUCAUCUGCUCUGUAUCUCACCUCGUCCCUGCAGCUGAGUGCACACAGGCACAAACAAACUCAAACACACACUAACUCACGUUUAAAAGAAGAGACGAUUUAAAGAAACAAAGCUCCGUGUCUGUAUCUGUGUUUGUCACCUCACGUCUCCUUUUGCUUUUCUCCAACACAAAAACCCCAAAGUUUGAUUUGGAGAAUUUUUGUGUGUCUGAUCUGAAGACUGAACAAAUACAGUAAGAGAUGAGAGGUCUGAUAACAUUUCUGUCUGUGGUGUCAUAAAACGGUGUCUAUUUCUAUUAAUAGCCUCCAUUUCCUGUCUUUGUCUACCAUUUCUUUGGCAGCUCACACCUACAAUAUGUACUGCAUAUACGCCUUCACACCUUAAGUGCUGAUCGAUGUAGCAUUUCCAUGUGCAGCUACUCCACAUUUACUUUUUACUCAAACAGUUUUAACCUGGAAUCUUGAUUUGUAAGAUCAUCAAAUCGACGCUAACCUAAAAUGUGACCUGUUUGGUUUGGCUCCGGAUUUCCAGAGCAGAUGCAGAAAGGGGAAAUAACAAGCAAAACCACGGAAAUAAUGCAGCUGCAUCCUUGUAUAGAUCUUUCCAUCUCCUGUAAGGAAGAUUAUUCUUCUCAGCUGAUUGUCAGCUGACUUAUUGGGGAAACAACAGAUGCUGUCCAUUCUAGUUACUACAAGUGAGUCAGUGUCGUUGAGUUUCUUUUCCUAAUACAAACAACAAAUUAACAAGAAAAUGAAAAUAUUUUUUGAAGAAACAAAUGAAGAUAAAGAAAACUGGAACACACGGUGGGAUAUUUUCAUUGUGAGGUGAAAAUGCGGAGGGGCAAAGACAGCAAGUACAAGCAGCAGCUAUACAACCUCAAUUCAUAUGAUGUAUUUAAGUGCAAGAGGAAAGUCGGGACUUUUGAACUCUGCAGAGCUCCGAGCUCUCGCUUCAUC